UGAGUGAUUCCAUUCGAUCAAUAAAAUUAAAAUAACAAAAAUUAUUACACACACUUCCCAGCUGCUUAUCACUGUCACUCUCGCAGGGAGAGAUCUACCACCGUCAGCGUUUCGCAUCUCCUACAGCCAAUCUUCUCUCUGUCUCCACAUAUACAUACAUAUUUAGAUGUCCGGCGAUGUGGAAAACCCUAAAGGUGAAGCCCAGAAAGUUUCAGUUUCUUCUUCCCUUGUCAUUGAGCCCCAAACAACAUGGUAUAGUAGCUUUCUCCAGCAUGUAUCAGUUUAUGGUAUAGCUGCUGGAUAUUGCCUGUCAGCAUCAUUGCUCUCCAUCAUCAACAAAUGGGCUGUUAUGAAAUUUCCUUACCCUGGAGCAUUGACUGCCUUGCAGUACUUCACAAGUGCAGCUGGCGUCUUUGUUUUAGGUUCCCUUAAGAUAUUGGAGCAUGAUAAGCUUGAUCUACUGACAAUGUGGCGAUUCCUACCAGCAGCAUUUAUUUUCUAUCUCUCUCUCUUUACAAACAGUGAGCUUCUUCUCCAUGCCAAUGUCGAUACCUUCAUUGUCUUCCGUUCAGCAGUUCCAAUUUUUGUAGCGAUAGGAGAGACCCUUUACUUGCACCAGCCGUGGCCUUCAAUGAAGACAUGGUUCUCAUUAGCCACGAUCUUUGGUGGUAGUGUUCUAUAUGUCCUAACCGAUUACCAAUUUACUCUCAUGGCUUAUAGUUGGGCACUGGCUUACCUGAUAAGCAUGUCCAUAGAUUUUGUUUACAUUAAGCAUGUGGUUAUGACUAUUGGUUUAAACACAUGGGGCCUUGUGUUGUACAACAAUCUUGAGGCUCUGCUAUUGUUUCCACUCGAGCUACUUGUAAUGGGGGAGUUAAAGAAGAUAAAACAUGAAAUAACUGAUGAGUCAGAUUGGUAUUCCUUUCAAGUGGUUUUGCCUGUAGGACUGUCAUGUUUGUUUGGUUUAGCUAUCUCCUUCUUUGGUUUUUCUUGUCGGAAGGCAAUUUCUGCAACUGGAUUUACCGUUCUUGGGAUAGUGAACAAACUUUUGACAGUAGUUAUAAAUCUUGUUAUCUGGGAUAAACAUUCGACAUUUGUGGGGACAAUAGGGCUUUUGAUUUGCAUGUCGGGUGGUGUUAUGUAUCAGCAGUUCAGUAGCACUAAGCCUAAGGCUGCAAAAGAUGUAGAGGUUCAAGAGAGCAAGGAGGAACAACAAAAGCUCCUUGAAAUGCAAAGCAGCUCGGAAAACACAGGCAAUGAGAAGCAAGAUACAGAUUCAAGAGAGGAAAAAUGAUAACAUAAUUUUACAGUUGAAUUGCAUUCUUUUGUUGCUAAUCUAUAGAUCACAAUACCAGUGUUAUGUCUGGAAAGUCUUGUCAUAUACAUCAAACAGAAACAAUGUGAAUGAAGCCUGGAUUGCAUAUGAGAAUGUGUGAGGUUGGUACUCAGGUAAGAGGUGAAAGGAUAGCCUUACUCUUGUUCAGUGACCAGUGGGCACCAGGCUGCUGCUCAUAUCAUAUUUGAUAUACUUCUUCAUCCUUGUGUAGGCAUAGUUUACUGAAAUGUUUUGUUGAUAACUCAGAUUCUAAAUAUGAUUAGUGAUGUAGGAACUGUAUCUGGUUUUUUUCUGUUCUCUGGAUCAUAUCUGUAUGGUUAGCUGGAAUGAUAUGAACCAGGGUAAGUAAAAUACUCCAGUUUCAGUAUACACACUAUCCUUAAAUCUUAAAUUUAUAUUCGAUUGUAAUUCGUAUAUUAACUGUAGUUUUUUCCUUGUUUAUAUAUUGAAAGAAUGCCCAAACAUUGAUUGUAGAA